CACCGCUGCUCAUACUGUUACUCACGACAUUGCUUAGAUGGCUCCCUUUAAGAAAAUCAAGAGGUCCUCCUUCAGAAAGGCUCUCAGGGCCAGGGCUGCUUUUAUUUCUGAAGCCCAUGACGACAAAAUCAGAUUCAAAAAUGACUCUGCAGACUUGGUUAUCUACUUGAACUACGUCUUGUUUAUCAACUCCAUAGUCAACGAAAUCAAACUUCUCAAGGAGAAGGACAACUCCAACGAUUUGAAUUUGGUUCAUUUGAACAACAUCAAGGAGAAAAUGCUAAAGAAAUUCAAAGGCUGAUCUGGCUACUUUUAUUCCUAUUCUCAUUACCACUGCUGCUAGAGUAAAUUGUCAGAAUCAACAUCGCAUCAACAUCAAUUGCCUUGGGGUAACCACUACUAUUAGCACCACAUUUUUUUUCUUCACUUUUGUCUUGAUAUCAAUUAUCUCUUGGUAUUUUUGCUUCUAAUCAUAUAUACCCUCUAUCUCAUAAAAUUGCUUUCUAACUUUACUCUCCCCUAAAAUCACUAAACCAACAUUCUCUCAAACUUCCUUUCAAAGCUUGUGUAAUUUUUUUUGUAUAUUUAUAAGCCCAAUUCCUUUCUGAUUCGUCAUCACUACUAGAAUUUCAUUUUCAUUUUCAUUUUCAUUUCUAUUUCCAUUUCCAUCUUUGCUUCAAUUAUCUUGAUUAUCUUUAUAAUCACUUGUUUCCAUAUCCAAUAAUCACAUUUUCUAUUUUCA